AUGACACUUAUUACAGCGGGUUCAAGCCCCAGUGCUGGCGAGGUCCUGCCUCCCACCGUUCAGAAACUCAUGAAGGGAUACAACAAGUACCUUAGACCUUUAUUCGGCAAUGGUCCUGUGAAUGUUGGCAUGAGUUUGGACAUUGCCAGCAUAGAUACCAUAUCAGAGAUCAACAUGGACUACACAGCCACUAUUUUCCUGCGGCAGCGCUGGACAGAUGAGCGUCUCUGUUUUGAUGGCAAUAAGAGCCUGAGUUUGGACGGCCGACUGGUGGAGCUUCUCUGGGUCCCUGACACAUUUAUCGUGGACUCUAAAAAAUCUUUUCUGCAUGACAUCACAGUGGAGAACAGACUGAUCCGGAUAUUUCCCAAUGGCACCGUACUCUAUGCUCUAAGAAUCACAACCACAGUUGCCUGCAGUAUGGACCUUACCAAGUAUCCCAUGGACAAACAGACUUGCACACUUCAACUUGAGAGCUGGGGUUAUAAUGUGAAGGAUGUGGUGUUUUAUUGGACUCGUGGGAACCAGUCAGUUAGUGGACUGGAUACUUUGCAGCUGGCACAGUACACUCUAGAGGACCACUACACCUCUGAGUCUGAAGCUGUCUAUGAAACUGGUAGGUACCCAAAGCUGAUCUUCCAUUUCCAGCUGAGACGAAGCAUCCUUUACUUUAUUUUGGAGACCUACGUUCCAUCCAGUGCCCUAGUGGUUCUGUCCUGGGUUUCCUUCUGGAUCAGUCAGUCUUCUGUCCCUGCUCGCAUCUGCAUAGGAGUGACCACAGUCCUGACCAUGACCACUCUGAUGAUGGGUGCACGCACUUCUCUGCCCAAUGCAAACUGCUUCAUCAAAGCCAUUGAUGUGUACUUGGGGAUCUGCUUCAGCUUCAUUUUUGGUGCUUUAAUAGAGUAUGCAGUGGCCCAUUUCUGUACCUUGCACCAGCCAAAUGCUGCCAAUGCCUUGAUGUAUGGACAGGAGAUGCAGGAGCGUGAGGAUGAGAUGAACGGGAUCGUCACUUCCUUCCGCAGCCAGGCUCUGCGGGUACGUAGGAGGGAAGAGAUCAUGUCCCGAGCAGGCAGUACCAGCAGUCCUAUUUCCAGUGACAGUAAAGAGAAGUCCUCCUCCCAGCCCCAGAGCGGCUGCACCAAGUCCCUGUCACUGUUGCGUCGCAUUAUAUGCUUCCUGAACUGCUGCCGUGUGAAGAACCCACACUACAUCGACAACUACUCCCGUCUAACCUUUCCUCUCUCCUUUAUCUUUAUUAAUUUGGUUUACUGGACCUACUAUCUGUACUUCUGAUAAGAAAGCCUGAUCUGUAU